AUGUCCAAGUCUUCGGAACUCACUAGCGUUAUUCAGCAGGCGCGUGGACCUCAGCACACUGCAACUGUGUUAUUCCUUCACGGGCUUGGAGAUACUGGUAAAGGAUGGGCUCCAGUCGCUGACGAGAUCGGGCAGACGAUGCAACAUGUUAAGUUCAUUCUGCCGAAUGCUCCAGACCGACCAAUUACUCUCUAUAGGGGUUAUCGCAUGCGUGCCUGGUUCGAUAUACUACAAUCAGGACAUUUAGAAAGGAUGCUCGCUUCGGACGAUUCUGAGACCGGAAUUCUAAAUACAGCGAAUUCUGUAAACAAGCUCAUAAGUGACGAAGUCGAUUCAGGGAUUCCUGCGCAACGAAUUGUUGUUGGUGGGUUUUCUCAGGGUUGUGCUCAAGCUCUGGUCACUAGCUUGAUUUCAGAAUAUAAAUUUGCUGGCAUAAUAGGAUUGAGCGGUUAUCUUCCUUCGAAAGACAAUAUUCUAUCGAUGGCAACUGAUGCGAAUAAAAACACUCCUAUAUUCCUUGCUCACGGUGAUGCGGACGAGACUGUUCCGUUCAAAGCAGGAGAGAUGACAAGCGAGCUGCUCACAAGUAAAGGAUACAAUGUAACGUUCAAAAGUUACGCCAAUUUGGGUCAUUGGCACAGUCCAGAUGAGACUCAAGAUAUGUUAUCCUUUUUGCAGCAGGUUAUACCAUAA